GGGUUGGGCGUGUGCCGCGGCCGCCGGCGGGGCGCGCUCCCGCUCCGCUCCCCUCCCGCUCCCCCCGCACGCACAUUGUCCGGGCGGCGGCGGCGGCGGCGGCACAGCGCCCCGGCGCCCCGUGCCAAUGCGGGGCGGGCGCGGCACGCCGGGGGCGCCUCCACCACCGCGGUGGAAACUUCCCCUCGCCGCCGGGCCGACGCGCGGCUGAAAGCCCCCGGCGGGGAGGAGCGGAGCGGGGAUUCGCCCGCCUGGGGUGGGGGGGGGGCGCCUCGUCUAGUUUGGUUUUUCCUCCAUUGGAAGGGAAAAAAAGCAAAUAAUACUGUUACCCGGCUUUAAACUUCCGCGCCCCACUCUCCAGGACGCGCAUCCCGCCCGGCGGGGUGGACGAGCCGGUGGUGGUGCUCCUGGAAUUCCUGAGCUGGGGUCAGCUGGAAGAUGACUGAAUACAAGCUGGUGGUGGUGGGAGCAGGUGGUGUUGGGAAAAGUGCUUUGACGAUACAGCUCAUUCAGAACCAUUUUGUUGAUGAGUAUGACCCCACGAUAGAGGAUUCCUACAGAAAGCAAGUAGUCAUUGAUGGAGAGACCUGCUUGUUAGACAUCUUGGACACUGCAGGGCAAGAGGAGUACAGUGCCAUGAGAGACCAGUACAUGAGAACAGGGGAAGGAUUCCUGUGUGUCUUUGCCAUCAACAACACCAAGUCCUUUGAAGAUAUUCACCAGUACAGGGAGCAGAUCAAGAGGGUGAAAGACUCAGAUGAUGUUCCUAUGGUGCUGGUGGGGAAUAAAUGUGACCUGCCAGCUCGGACAGUGGAGACUCGGCAAGCGCAGGACCUGGCCCGGAGUUACGGGAUCCCCUACAUAGAAACGUCUGCCAAAACCAGACAGGGCGUUGAGGAUGCCUUCUACACCUUGGUGCGGGAAAUCCGUCAGCAUAAACUGCGCAAGCUGAAUCCCCCAGAUGAGAGUGGCCCUGGCUGCAUGAACUGUAAAUGUGUGGUAUCGUGACUAUGCUGACUGGACCGUGUCUUGGAGAGGUUCCCACUGUGCAGUGCACAAGGACAGAGGUGAAGCAAAGGAAGAAGCAAACGGAUUCAGAGGAGGAAUAUGGGGGAGGGGGAGAGGAGGAGGAAGAGGACAGGGUGAGCAUGAGCCCUCCAAGGACUAUCUCACACUUCACCCAAGCCUGCGGCAAACAACAUUUUUUCUUUUUUAUCCCCAUCCCCUCAUCCUUUGGCGUCCUCCCACCCCGGCAACUGUACAAAGCCACAGAUUGAAUCACAGUAAAUUAUUAUUUGAUGGUCUCGACAAA